UGAACUUGCUUGUUUCGGUGGGAAAUUGGGUGGUGCCUGCUGGACGGUGCUGGGACCGUCCUGCCCUACAACCCAACAACAACAACAACACUCAUGGACCUCCUCGCUUCACUUUCAUCUUUUUUAACCAAACUGGCGGCUUUUUUCACACUCCGAAUGAGUGAAACAACAGAGCAAAUAACUUUCGGCAUCGUAUUAGCCUUGGCAGUUAUAGUUAUUGUCAAGCUUACCAACAGACGACACCACUACAACUUGCAUGCUAGAGAUGUGAUGAAAGGCCAUCGGUGGUGUGUCACUCGCAUGUUUUCUAGGCCAUGCUUCUGCAACAUAUGUCAGAAACUGAUAAUGGUUAGUGAUGGGGCUUUCUGUGACUCGUGUGGAGUGUGUGCCAACUCUCCAGAGUGCAUUGUUGCAGCUGACAAGACAUUGCCAUGCAAACUCAUCACUACCAAGAGCCUUACGCACAAGCAUCACUGGAUUCAAGGUAACCUUCCACUUAAUGCAAGCUGUGAAGUAUGCGAGAGAGAUUGUGGAACUGAGCCCAAGUUGAACGACUGGUGGUGUUGUUGGUGUCACCGGUCAGCCCAUGACAUCUGCGUCAGUAGCAUGGAAGAGGUGUGUGAUUUGGGAGAGCUGAAGGAGUGCAUUGUGCCACCAAACUGUGUUCGGUUAAAAUUAUCAAGAAUGAGAAAGCGUUUGCUGUUUAAGGAAGUUUUGCAACCAGAGAUUCAGAACUGGAGUCCAGUGAUUGUUAUUGGAAACAGAAAAUCAGGCAGCAAUGAGGCCGAGAGUGUCUUGUCAUCAUUUCGAAAUGUCCUGAAUCCUGCGCAAGUCAGUGAUCUGGCAGACCAUCCUCCUGAGGAAGCUUUAGAAUGGUGCCGCCUGCUUCCUUCAAACGUUGAAUGUAGGGUAGUUGUUGCUGGAGGAGAUGGCACAGUGGGAUGGAUAUUUAAUGUUAUUCACAAGAUGAAUUUGGUGGUAAGUUUAAUCUUGAAUCAGGCAAUGAUCUUUCCCUGUACUUGGCUUUGUGAAGGUCACAUAAAUAUGUUGGAUUAUAGUAGACUAUCGCAGGAAGUAGGCCUCGCAGAACCAGCCAAACUGACUGAAUGUUCGCUUAUACAAAAUGAAACUCGACGCCCAAGUGCCAUUUAUAUAUGUAACCGCUUGAUCAAUAAAUUGAUCUACUUCACAUUCGGGACUAAGGAUAUUUUUGAGCAUGAAUGUAAAGACUUGGACAAGAAGUUGGAGCUCUAUAUGGACAACCAGAAAGUGCAACUACAUCUCGAGGCUGUCGUGGUUCUCAACAUCGCAAGCUGGGGUGCUGGAGUAAGGCCCUGGACAAUGGGGGUUGGAGGAGCUGAUGCACCCAAGCAAGACUUUAGCGAUGGACUCUUAGAAGUAUUUUGUCUUGUGUCGUCGUUUCAUAUUGCGCAGUUACAACUUGGUAUAAGUGAACCCAUCAGACUUGGCCAAUGUUCAUCUUUAAAGCUGUGCCUGAAAGGAAUGGCUCCAAUGCAGAUUGAUGGUGAGCCUUGGGAGCAGUACCCAGGUACCAUUGUGGUCUCACACAGUCAUCAAGCCUCAGUCCUUCUCAGAGAUUAGUUCUCCUUACUGGCCACAUGUUGCUAUUAUAAAGGUUUCAUGUAUACAUUAUGCAAGUCAUGUAAUACUUCACUGCAGUUUUUACACUAUAAUAGUAGAUUAUUUUAUAUUCUUUGUUAUAUUCAUCUCUUAAAAAGGCUUUUUAGUUGACGUGUAAUGUAAGCAUGAUGAUAUGUACAACAGUUGGUUAGAUCAUGUAUUAUUUUGAUGAUACUCAAGACCGUUGCUAGUCAAGAGACAUUAGUCUACAUGCAAAACAUUUGACUUUGACUUGGUCACCAGUCAAGAUGCACUAUUCUCUAUAUCCUCUAAACAUUUCCCUUUCUUGAGAGAAAUGAGAAUCUCUUGUAGAAUCCUCCUCAGAAAAUUUAAACUGUUUCCACAUAUAAAAAUCUGAAGAAAUACUUCAAACAUUUGCUUGUUUUUACAUGGUAGUUGGCUAUCACGUAGGUCACUGUCACUACAUAGCACUGAGAACCAUGAAUGUGUGCAAAGUAUAUACAAAUGAGAAAAAUAGCAAAAGAAACAAAAAAAGAAAAAACAAGGAAGUAGAGCUCCAGUUCUUUGCAUUAGGAGCUUUUGAUGGGUCCAUUAGCUACAAAUAGAUACAUGUAUGUACUUACACUCACACUGCACCACCUGUCGUCUCCACAUUUUCUCCACCUUCACAUAGCUCCUGCAGUUAUUAUAGUUUUCUCAAUCUUUAACUUUCUUCAUUUCACCUCCUUAGUUCUGUUGAUUCUUAUUUUUUCCAACUCCUUUCUUAUAUAUGCUUGUUGGGCAGUCCUGCUUUGCACACAUUAUUGUUUCUUAGUGAAAAUUCUUGGCAAUGGCUUCACAAAUAUGAGAGUAACAGGGAGAAAUCUUUGGCAAACAUUUAGAGUAUAAUUUUAAGGGUCUUCAGUGCUUGAAGGCAUUGGAAAUAGUAUAUUUAGAAGAUAAUAUUAUGCAAGAAAACUUACUUUUAACAGAGCUCUCACAGAAGUCAAAUCACCAAAGAUGCAUAGGAAGUAUUUAUAGUAUUUAUUAUUAGAGAGAAAAACUAUUGACCAUGAAUUUUGUAUUACUGUAUAUAUUUUAUAAAGAUAAGGGAACUGUAGACUAUUUUGUAUGAAUACAUUUUAUUUUAGAUAUUGUAUAUUAUUUUUUUUUAUUUCAUAAAUAGCUUGGAUAAUAACAUUUCACCCAACAUUGGGCUUUUUCAAAUAGUACUGUACUUGAAAAAGUCUAAUGUUGGGUGGAGCUUGGAUAAUGUUUCUCAGUAGUUUCUCAUUACACCAGAAACAAUUAUAUCAUUAGUUUUGUCAAAUAUUGCUUAAAAUCAUUCACUUUCUUGUAGGAAGAAAUUCUUUGUUUAUUGUAAAGUAGGUUAAUCAAGUGUCAGGUUCCUAAGAUUCUUAUAUCAGUAUUUAUAAUGUAUAUAGUAGCUCUGAUAUAAAAUUUAGUUAGUUUCAUGCCAAUAUUAAUAAACAAAUAUUUUUUUCAUACACAUUCCUGGUUGUUUUAUAAUAUUAUACAGUGUAGUUAUUAUGAAUAGGACUUAAGAAAAAAUCAGUAUUUUUAAUGUAAGCAAAAAUCAUUGUAUUAAAUGGAUUAACUUAAUGGUGAUGUGAGGUG